UGCCAUUCAUGCUCUGGAUAAGCAUUGGCAACUGGUAUUUGUCUAGAGAAGAACGACUCUAUUUACCAUGUAGAGUAUAAAAGCCAAGGUGCGGAGGGACUGAAAUGGUUCAUUUGAGAAGAGAAGGUGAAAUGACAAGAACAGCACAUGCCCAACUGUACUGAGGGCUCCCAAUAUAACAGCAAUGGAUAUUUCAAAUUUGCCAGCCCUUCCCUACUAAGAUUGAUGGGAAUUUUCUUCUGUGCCUGGUAGACUUUCAAGUAAUCUUGUCCUCAUUUGAUUGGAAGAAUGUUGCUCCUCAGCGUUGGCUUGCUGGCUGUUCUUGCAACAAUCUCUGCAGCAAAGUGUAUCCCUAAUAAAGCAGAUGUUGUUAUUGUUCAUUGUUUUCCCAAAUCUAUUGUUGCUAAAAUCCCUGAAUGUCCUUAUGGAUGGGAAAUAAGCCAGCUGGCACUGGGAGGAGUGUGUUACAAUGGAAUCAUAGAGUCUGGGUAUUACCAGUUCACUAUUCCUGACUUGAAUCCAAGGAACAAAUCCUACUGUGGCACCCAAUCAGAUUUUAAAAACCCAAUCUAUCAUUUCUACAACUCAAUAGUUUCAAACGACAGCACUUUGAUAGUCAAGAAUCAACCAGUAAACUAUUCUUUCACUUGCACCUACCAGUCCAACUACCUUGUUACCCAUGCAGCUUUUGACCAAAGAGUAGCCACAGUUCAUGUCAAGAAUGGAAGUUCGGGAUCUUUUGAAAGUCAACUGUCCCUCAAUUUCUACUCUAAUGCCAAGUUUUCUAGCCAAAAGGAAGCUCCGUUUGUAGUGGAAACAUCAGACAUUGGCUCAGAUGUGUUUGCAGGAGUAGAAGCCAAAGGAAUUAGUAGCAGAUUUAAAGUUGUCUUGAACUACUGCUGGGCAACUCCAUCACCUGAUUACGCCUUUCUUAUGCAGUGGCAACUAAUUAGCAAAGGAUGUGCAUCUGAUGAUUCAAUUUUGGUGCAUGAAAAUGGGAAAAACAGCCGCGCAAUUUUCCAGUUCAACGCCUUCCGUUUCCAGAACAUACCUAAGUUAUCUAAGGUUUGGCUUCACUGUGAAACCUACUUGUGUGACAGUGAAAAAUUUGCCUGCCCUGUGAUGUGCGGAAAACGUAAGCAGCAAAAGGAGCAGACAGGUGGUGUUUUAGUAGCAGAAUUUGUACUUCAAAAUUCUGCAGCAUCAAACUAUUACAGUAUUUCAGUUGUUCUUCGCUGGCUGUCUCUCUAUGUGGCCUUGCACAGGAAGCUUCUUUAAAAUAUUCAGUAUGAGAAUUCCUUGUUAGCUGUGCAAGAAAGUGGAAUCUCCAUACUAUUUGCAUGCACAUCCUCAGGAAACCACCCAACCGAGUCUUGAAUUGGAUUUGGUGUUUCAACAUUAAUCUCAACUAUUUGCCUCGGAAACUUAUGGGAUACGUAAAACUUACAGGAUCUGAUUAAUUUUUGACAACGUUUCUAUUUCACAAUGGUGCAUUACAAAUGUAAAUAGAUCUUUUGACCUCAAAAUGUUGUAUUGUUGUAUUUGAUGCUUUUAGUUUUAUUUCAUAUUUACACACUUUCAUUUCCAUAAAAUACUGAGUUACAAUGCGCAAGAGAUCUGGGACAAAAAUGAUAGUACUGAAAUAAUAUACAAGAAGCAGAGUGAUUGAGUAACAAUGCACCAAACACAUAUAUGUCAAUAAUGUUAUUGGUACAGAGAGCUGAAUUCACUAAGUAGAGAAACCUCCAAGGGGGGGGGGGGUCCCUCCAGUGCUAGGAUUUUCUUUACUAAGUAAGGAGCCCUACAAAUUAUAAGAUACUAUUGUAAUAAGAAUUGGAAUAUUUGUAUCGGAAAUAUUUCUUAUUGAAUUUAAUUUAAUUAGAAAAGUAAACCUAAGAAAGCAAGAGAGAAAUAGAGAUGGUGGUUUGGAUUAACUCUUCAAUAAAGAGCUGAUUUACUAAUAAUUAAUAUGCAGAGCUCCAACUGUCAUGAAUUGUAUCGACUGUCAUGGUUUGGAAGUUCUGUCCUGUUGUCCCUUCUACUGUGUUCCCCAAGCUGAGCAAUUCUAAACCCCACCAGAAAAUGCCCAACAAUGGGCAAAAUCUCCAGACCACUCAACUCCACCUCAUGCCACCUGAAUUUACCACAUGUUGACAAACCACACCCUCAGAUUACCUGACUUCAACCCAUGUCCCUCAGCCCGAACCCAGACAACUUGACCUCAUCCAUUGUUGCCUAUUCAUACCUGGGAUCAUCUGACUACACCCAAUGUCACCCAUGUGAACCCCAUGUUGUUCAACCCCAACCCCAGAUCACACAUCUUCAC